ACAGAGGGACAGUAUUUUCUUUCAGUGAGACCCGAGGUGGAAAAUACGCAGCAAUGACAGAGCAGCAGUCGUGCGCAGCGGCAAAAUAGACCAACUAUUUGUGGGGACGGGAGAUUGAUAACACCACUGGGCGAGCAACGAGAGCGGCAGAUGUAAUUUCCAAACGGUCCAGCUGGUUUGGUGCCAGUGGUGUGUUGGAUGGGUUAUUAUUGCGUUCUCCCUUUUCAUCAUCCACUGCUUCCAGCGUUUCCAGAUUACUUGGGGAUCUCGGACGGCUGUCUGUGAGGGAGUAUUGGUGCAGAGACUAACGGGGAAUGCCAUGUGUCGUUGCGCGACAUAGACGCUCUUUGUGGGCUGUUUUGCACCGGGGACAGGUGGUGCCGUGUGUGUGUGUAUGUUGAAAUUAGCAGGGGGCACGGACACACAACCCCUGAGACAGUUGUCUUAGGGAUGUCAGGCCGGCGUACGGGAUCAGCUUUUGCCAGAGACAGGUGCGACAGGGAGGAGUAGUUUACAAAGCCCUACACAGGAUCUGGUAACGCACUAACAAGCCUCCUCUCGCCUCUGAUCACUCGGAUUUUUUUGUAUCCAGCGGGACUGACAAUCGACUCAUACUGCCGUUUCUCGGCGGCACCUUUCCACAGAUAAACAGAGACUUCGCCGUUGUGUUGCUAUGGCGACCAUGGCCCCUCCCUUCUUCCUGCUGUGUUGGCUGCUCCGAGCGGCCAGCUCGGCGUUCCCAGAGGAACCGUUGCCCCUCAACUUCAUCCCCACUGAAGUGGUGAGAAGACACCCGGUGUUUCUGGGCCGACCCCACCGAACAUGGCUGAGACAAGAGCCUCUGCACAUCCAGAGGAUCCUCCAAGUCAAUCGGACACUCUACAUUGGAGCCAGAGAUGACCUUUUCCGCGUGGAGUUGGACAUCGUUGCAGGAGAAGAGAUGUUCUACAGCAAGAAAAGGACGUGGGAGUCGAACAAGAAUGACAUCCGGAUCUGCAGGAUGAAGGGCAAGCACGAGGAUGAAUGUCGUAAUUUCAUGAAGGUGCUGCUCAGCAGACAAGGAGGCCUGUUUGUGUGUGGGACCAACGCCUUCAACCCACUAUGUGCCAACUAUACUGGAGACACUCUGGAGAUGGUAGGAGACACAGUCAGUGGUAUGGCGAGAUGUCCCUAUGACCCCAAGCACGCCAAUGUAGCUCGGUUUGCAGAGGGAAAUCUGUUUACAGCCACAGUGACAGACUUCCUGGCCAUUGAUGCGGUGAUCUACCGAAGCCUUGGGGACAGUCUCGCUCUGCGCACCGUCAAGCACGACUCCAAGUGGUUCAGAGAGCCGUAUUUUGUAAGCGCUGUGGAGUGGGGACCUCACAUCUACUUCUUCUUCAGAGAGAUAGCCAUGGAGUUCAAUUACCUGGAGAAGGUGAUGGUGUCACGUGUGGCGCGGGUGUGCAAACGCGAUCUGGGAGGGUCUCAGCGCGUCCUGGAGAAGCAGUGGACGUCGUUCCUGAAGGCCCGUCUGAACUGCUCCGUCCCCGGUGAUUCCCACUUCUACUUUAACCUGCUCCACUCCACCAGCCCCGUCAUCAGGAUGCACGGCAGGGACAUAAUCCUGGGGGUGUUCUCCACACCGGCUAACAGUAUCCCAGGCUCGGCGGUGUGUGCCUUCGACAUGGAGCAGCUGGGUGCGGUGUUUGAAGGGAGGUUCAAGGAGCAGAAGUCACCUGAGUCUAUUUGGACACCUGUUCCAGAUGAAGUCAUCCCGAAGCCAAGACCCGGUGGCUGUGCUGUUCAAGGUUCCAGGUUUAAUUCCUCAAACUCCUUCCCUGAUGAGAUGCUCAACUUUGUCAAGACCCAUCCGCUGAUGGAUGAAGCCGUCCCAUCACUGGGACAAAGACCCUGGAUUGUCAGAACCAUGGUCAGGUACCAGCUGAAUAAGAUUGUGGUGGAUACAGAAGCCGGGCCUUAUAGAAACCAGACCGUCGUGUUCCUCGGGUCGAGCAGAGGGUCCAUCCUCAAGUUCCUCAUCAUGCCCAACCAGGACAACUCGGUCACCAACAGCAACAUCUUCCUGGAGGAACUGGAGGGAUUCAACCCUGAUAAGUGCGCUGAAGACUCUCUGCAGGCCAGGCAGCUGUUGUCUCUGACUCUGGACCGGGCGAGCCACACUCUGCUCCUCGCCUUCCCCUCCUGUGUGGUCAGAGUACCGGUGGCUCGAUGCCAGCUCUACUCCCGAUGCAUGAAGAACUGCAUCGCCUCGAGGGAUCCUUACUGUGGCUGGACCAGAGGAAGCACCUGCUCUUUCCUCCGACCUGGCACCAGACUGCCAUUCGAGCAAGAUGUCGAACAGGGAAACGUGGCGCACUUGGGUGACUGUGACGGGUAA